AUGUCCUCAUCAAAAACUGCGGCCAAGUCUGCACCUCCGGCUAAGCACGGAUACGAGUUCUUCGGCCCUCCCGGCGCCUUUGGCAUCUCGUUUGGUCUACCCAUCCUCGUCUACGUCUUCACUUUCGUGUGCAACGACAUAUCCGGAUGCCCUGCGCCAUCGCUGCUAGGUCCGCGCCCCUUGUCACUAGAGCAGUUGAAGAUUGAAGUCGGUUGGCCACAGAAUGGAAUAUGGGGUCUCGCCAGCUGGGAAGCGACUGGUGCAGUUCUUGCCUACUACUUGCUGAACCUCAUUUUGUACCGCGUUUUGCCUGCGACCGAGGUAGACGGGACCGUCUUGAGCUCCGGCGGCCGUCUCAAGUACCGAUUCAACACGUUCUACUCCAACACGGCUACUUUGGCAGCCCUCGCAGCCGGAACUGUUGCUCAAGGCGUCGAAUUCCCCGUUUGGGUCUUUAUCAGCGAGAACUACCUCCAGAUUCUGACGGCAAAUAUCGGGAUUUCCUAUGCAAUCGCCACUUUUGUGUACGUCCGCAGCUUCAGCGUCAAACCUGGAAACACGCAAUUUCGCGAGCUUGCAGCCGGCGGCUGCACUGGCAACCUGCUCUAUGACUGGUUCAUUGGCCGCGAGCUCAACCCUCGCGUCACAAUCCCCUUGAUUGGAGAAGUUGACCUCAAGGAGUGGUGCGAGCUGAGACCUGGUAUGAUGGGCUGGAUCAUCCUUAACUGCGCUUGGUGUGCUCAGCAGUACCGCAACUUUGGCUUCGUCACCGACAGCAUCAUCUGCAUCACGAUUGUGCAGGCCCUCUACAUAAUAGAUUCGUGGUGGUUUGAGCCUGCUAUUCUAACAACUAUGGACAUCACGACUGACGGUUUUGGCAUGAUGCUUGCCUUUGGCGACCUUGUCUGGGUGCCCUUUGUCUACUCCAUGCAAACUCGAUACCUCUCCGUGCAUCCUCUGUCGCUUGGUCCCGCCGGCCUCGCAGGUACCCUUUCCCUCAUCAGCCUUGGCUUCUACAUCUUCCGCUCCGCCAACAGCCAGAAGAACACUUUCCGCACAAACCCCAAUGACCCCAGUGUCGCUCACCUGAAGUACAUUGAGACCAACACGGGCAGCAAGCUUCUAAUCACAGGCUGGUGGGGAAUCGCUCGUCACAUCAACUAUCUUGGCGAUUGGAUCCAGUCUUGGCCAUACAGUCUCCCCACCGGACUUGCUGGCUACCAGAUUAUGGCUGCUGGCGCAGGCGCCGCCGGCCAAGGCGCGUACAUCAUGAAGGACGGCCGGGAGGUUAUUCAGGGCAAUGCGCGAGGCUGGGCUGUCCCCAUUACCUACUUCUACAUUGUAUACUUUGCCGUGCUGCUUAUUCAUCGUGAGCGUCGCGACGACGAGAAGUGCCAUCGCAAGUACGGUGAGGACUGGGAUAAAUACAAGAAGAUUGUGCGUUGGAGAAUCAUCCCUGGUAUUUAUUAG